AUGGCGGAAGCAGCUCCUCCCAACCUGAACCUCACUGCGGAGGAAAAGCGGGUAUUCUUCCAAUUGUUCCAAGCGGCCGAUACAACGAAUCUGGGAGUUGUUACUGGCGAACAUGCGGUUCCUUUCUUUGAGAAGACGAAGCUUCCUCCUGAUACUUUGGGUCUGAUAUGGCAGAUAGCAGACAAGGAGAAUCGCGGCCUACUCACGCCUUCGGGAUUCUCGAUGGUGUUGAGGCUUAUUGGUCACGCGCAAGCUGGCCGUGCUCCGACAGAUGAAUUGGCUUUACAGCCCGGCCCUUUACCUCGCUUUGAAGGAAUUCAAGUUGCUACAAGUACACCCUCUCGUCCUUCGACGACAAGCCCACCCCCAGGUGGCCCUCCCGCUGCCUCCGGAGCUCCCGUCCGAGUUCCUCCUUUGAACCCGGAAGAUGCAAAUAAGUUUAAUUCUCUGUUUGAGAAAUCAGAUACACCGGGUGGAUUCAUGUCAGGGGAAACUGCAAAGCAGAUCUUUGAGCGUGCGCGGCUACCGAAUGAGGUCCUAGGCAGGAUAUGGAACCUCUCUGAUACUAAACAGCGCGGCCAACUUGAUGCUACUGACUUCAUAAUUGCUAUGCAUCUGUUGACUUCUUUCAAAACUGGCGCAAUGCGGGGUAUCCCAUCGACCCUCCCUGCUGGUCUGUAUGAAGCAGCAGCAAGACGAGGUGCUGUCCGUACUUCGACUGGAUCUCGCAUCACUCCCGAUGUGCCGCCAGUGCCGGCUAUUCCUACACAGUUUACUGGAUCUCAGCGGACCCAGAGCCCGUUGAAUAGACAGCCCUUCACUCCCCUUUCCGCACAAUCCACGGGUGCCGAGUGGUUGAUCAGCCCGCAAGAGAAGGCGCAAUUUGACAAUAUAUUCGCUACUGUGGACACGGCAAAAGCCGGAAUCAUAAGUGGCGACCAGGCAGUUGCAUUUUUCACGAAUGCUCAACUACCUGAAGAUGUCCUUGCUCAGAUUUGGGAUCUUGCUGAUAUCGAUGCCGACGGACAACUAACCAGAGAUGAGUUCGCCGUGGCGAUGUAUCUUGUACGACAGCAACGAAGUAAGAAGGAGCCAUUACCCGCAACAUUACCUUCCGCUUUGAUUCCUCCAAGUAUGCGCCGACCUGGUACAGCCGUCCCUCCAUCAGUCGUACCAGCACCGGCACCGGCACCGGCACCAGCGCCAGCGCCAGCGCCACUUCCACGCUCGGCGGCUGACGAUCUCUUUGGCCUGGAUGCAUUUACCGCACCAACACCAGCAACCCCUGCUCAAAUCCCGCAGUCUACUGGAGGCUCAAAUGCGCCAAUGUUCCAAUCCCCUGGGUCACCUUCAUCGCGUACCUCUCAACAGGGCCCCGCUGCCUCACUAUUCAAGCCAUUUGUACCUUCAUCCCAGUUUGGUCAAAGCCUCGGUCCACAAUUGACCGGUGCUGCCUCUGCGACAAGGUCGCCUCCCCCUCCUUCUGACGAUCUCUUGGGUGAUAACGACCCAGAAGAAACAAAGAAAUUGACCAACGAAACGACGGAGCUGGCAAACUUGUCAAACCAGAUUGGAUCGCUAUCUAAGGAAAUGCAAAAUGUGCAGACGAAGCGUGCCACAAUCGAGCAAGAGUUCACGCAGUCAUCGCAGCAGAAGCGUGACUUUGAAGCACGUCUAGCCCAGGCUCGAUCCAUGUAUGAAAAGGAGGUGAAGGACUACAAAGCGUUAGAGGAGCGGCUAAAUGUUUCUCGAACUGAGACCAAAAAGCUUCAACAGGACUAUGCUCUCAUUGAAGGUAGCCGUCAGGAUCUGCAAAACCAAUAUGAGCAGAUUUCAGCUGCACUUGUUGCUGACCAAACUGAGAAUGCCUCUCUGAAAGAAAAGAUACGCCAGGCCAAUGCCGCAGUCAGUCAGCUAAAGCCAGCGUUAGAGAAAGCGCGCUCCGAUGCUCGUCAACAAAAAGGUCUAGUUGCUAUCAACAAAAAGCAAUUGGCUACAGUUGAGGGCGAAAGGGACAAGAUUCAGGGUGAGAUUGAUACGCUAGCUAAAGAAGCUCAGGAGGCUGCUGAGUCGAGUCGCCAGGUUUCUAGCCCGACCGGCGUAGGAAGUCCGGCGUUGUCUACUACCAGCCAGCAAACAAAUCCUUUCUUUAGACGGACAGCAACAGAAACGUCUGACAGAACUGUUUCUUCUGCUCCACCUUCUACCCAUGCCGCCUUUGAUAGUCUUUUUGGGCCUUCAUUCACCCAGCCGUCGGCAUCAUCCACUCCACCGCCGCCGACUUCAUUUGGAGCGGCAUCACCUCUUGCAACACGAGCACACGAAACUUCUGCAAGUUCCCCCAACUCUGGAAUCCCAACUCCAUCUGUCUCGCCUCCACCAUCCCAAACUACAAUUGAACCACCUGCCCCUUCUCAAUCACAACAGAUAACCCCUAUCUUCCUCCCACUAGAACAUAACCUUGAAUCACCAUCCAACAACACUUCAACUGCUGUAUCUCCACCUGCUAGUCGUUUCGGUGCACCAGACGAGCCGCCUUCACGGACUGGUUCGGCAGUUCCGUCAGUACACAAUGCGGGAAAUGAGCUCCCUGUGGCACGAUCUCCUUUUGAUGAGUUUGAGCCGCGUGUAGCUUCACCUGCUGCGUCAAAUGAACAAGCGGCUCCGCCUAUCUCUUCAGUACCAGGAGCCUUCCCAGAGGCUGCUGGCGAGAGUCAUCAGUCAUCUGAAACUUCGCCGGAGCAGAAAAAAGAACAGAGUUUUGAUGAGCUGUUUGGAAACUUCGCUCGUGAACGCUCUCAGUCACAAAAGGCGAGCGACUUUGAUGAAGCCUUUGCUGGAAUGAAGCCACGAAGCACUCAUAGUACGGAACCAGCAGCAGCAGCAAACGGAACUGGUGAAUUCCCUCCCAUCAGGGAAUUAGAUAAUGACGAUGAUGACGAUAGCACGGACAGUGAAGCACCCAUGGGAUUUGACGACAACUUUACUCCAGCAUCUCCACUCCGCAAUGAGGAGCACUCUAAAAACGAAUCCAUUGAUUCAACACAACUACAAGCGUUCCCAAUUCCAGGCAGUAGUGUGACCACUUCGCAGCCUCCACCACCUGACGCUCAGCGAUCUCCACCUAGCUAUGAUACGUCUACCGCUGAUAGGAAACCGGAUGACUUCCCUCCUGCAUUCCAAGGUCUGUUACCAAGUCGAAGCGACCCAACUGCGGCACCUGAUGCCCCCCAUGCCGUUGAAUCGAGCACCGGCGCACCGAUCGUCACCGGAGAGCCGCAGAGAAAGGCAGGACCAGCCGAUUUUGACGCCGCGUUUGCCGAUCUUAACCUGGCCCCUGCAAAGGAAGAUGAUUCAGAAGACGAGUCAGAAGACGAAGCAGGAGCUCAAUCUCGACCACAGAAUGACUUUGAUUUCUCAUUUGACACUCCUGCCGCCGCUCCAGCAGCCAAGUCUGCUAUGCCGAAUACAGCUGCUGCAGAUUUCUUCAACUUUGAUAGCAACGUAGCUACAUCGACGACUUCGCAAGCAGGGCACGAUCAGCCAUCCACGUCAGCUGCGGGUGAUCACGAUUGGAACGCUCUCUUUGCACCUCUAGAUAACGCUAAGCCCGCAUCACCUAGCAACGGCAGUGCUCCUGCUCCUGCUGCUACUAGUACUACUGCUGCGCCCGAACCCCGAAAACCAGGGUGGGCCCUCGACAAUGAUACGGGAGACGACCUGAUUUUACAACGAUUAACAGGUAUGGGCUUUCCGCGCGACGAGUCACUAGCUGCGUUGGAGAAGUUCGACUAUAACAUUGAUAAGGCCGCCGAUUAUCUCACAUCCAGGUCUUGAUCGAACAGAGAGCGAAACAAGAAUAAAACAAAACGUUGUAUAUACUAUCCUAUCUCAUUUGUCUACACAACCCCGGUCUACAUUAUCCUCUAUUUCCCUUGCCCAUUUUGUUUUCUGUUUACUCAACUGAUGUCAUCUUUCUUUGCGUGUUAUCUUGUUUUAAGAUCAUUUUGUUUUGUCUGAUCUUAGUAUCUAUCCCGUCUUGCCUUUUCUUUGUGUUUUAUCGAUGGUAGUGUAUAUCUAAUUCAAGUCCUUGGUUAAUGAGUACAUAAUUCAUAGACAUGCUUUCUCCGC